AUGGGGCAUUUGCCGGGCCACUCGCCCCCUAGGGCUGGGGCACCCAGUCGCCCACAUCGGAACGCCCCCGGGCCCGGCCGCGAGGCUCCGGGCGGGCACCCGGCGAGAGGCCGAGGCGGGCCGGCUCGCUCGCUCUCGGGCCCCCCAUGCGGAUGUGACAUUUCACGCCGCCGCCAUUUUGAGAGCGAGCCGAGCCGAGCCGCCGGGCGCCGCGUCCGCUGCCGGAGCCCCGACGACGACGCCGAGGAGGCGGAGGCCGUAGCGCCUGGAGCGCGGCCGGCCCGUCGCCCGCCCGCGCCGCCACCGCUCCCGUCAGCCCCAGGCCCCGCAGGCCCGCCGCGGCCGGCCAGGCCUCCCGCCCGCCGCGCCCGGCCCGAGGCGGGGCUGACUCCGCGGCCCCCGCCCGGCCGCCCUCCGCCCCCGGCCGGCCCGCGGCCCCGCAGCCCCGGCCCCGGCGGCGGGAGGCGGGCCCCGCGGCGGCGGCGGCGGCGGCGGCGGCCGCAGCGAGCGACGAGGCCGCCCGGCCCGGCCCGCCGGCCGCCCGCCCGCCUCGGCGCCGAGAUUGGGCGAAUCGCGAGCAAGUACGUGCGCGUCUCCCUGCCGCCGCCGCCCGCCGCGGGCCGCCCCGGGGCCGCCGCCGCCGACGACGCGCGGGAGGAGGAGGAGGAGCCCCGGCCCCCGGCCGCAGGCGAGGCCCAGGCCGCGGCCGACAUGAACCACCAGCAGCAGCAGCAGCAGCAGCAGAAGCGGGCGAGCAGCAGCUGA